GCAGCGGAGCAGUAGCGUACGAACACGCGAGCAGUGAAGAGGGUGGCAGCGCGUUUAUUUUUGUCGCGGGUGAGGCGUACGAAAACAACAGACCACCCCUCCCCGGGCGGACGGUGUGUGUAAAAAGGGGCUGCCAGCGGUGAAUGCUGCAGAGCCAGGCCGCUCGUCCAGCAUGCAACCACCACCGAGAAAAGGAAAUUACGCAAAAUUUCUGAAGAAUGUGCACGCGGAGCAGGCGGCGAAGUUGCAGGCGAAAAAUCAGCACGAAUGCGACCUUCUGGAGGAUAUUCGCAACUUCACGAUAAAGAAGUCCGCCAUAGAAAAAUCCUAUUCGGAGGCGCUUCUGAAAAUAUCCUCGGCUUAUUUGAAUAAGAAAAUACCAAAUAUUCCGGACCUCAAGGUCGACGGCGCCGAUGAAAAAUGGAAUAUGUGGAACGUUUGGCGAACCGUGCUCGAGGAGAACGAAAAGUUGGCCAGAGCUCGGCUAGCGGCGGUGGAGGUAUUCCAGCAGCAAAUCGCCGAUGACGCGAAAAGUUUGAAAAUGCACAAACUCCAAAUAUCAAAGAAGGCGAUCGACCAAUUAAUGAUAGUACAAAAGGAACUGCAACUAUGCGUGCAGGAUGUAGACAAAACGAAAAAGUUAUACUUCGACGAAGAACACAGCGCCCACGAUGUACGGGACAAGGCAAAAGACAUCGAGGAGAAAUUGAAGAAGAAAAAGGGAUCCUUUUUCCAAUCAAUAACGUCAUUACAGAAAAAUAGCGCCAAGGUAAGCUCGAAACGCGACGCUUUAGAGGAGAAAUCGACCGGUGCUCGAAACGAUUAUUUGCUUAGCCUCGCCGCUGCGAAUGCCCAUCAAAAUAGAUAUUUUGUAGUCGAUUUACAGAACACCAUGCAGUAUUUGGAACAAGGCGUUUACGAUAAAGUAGCCGAAUAUUUAACGCUGAUGGGUCGUACAGAACUCUUGACUUGUCUAGCAACGCAGAACAGCUUCACUAAAAUUCGCGACCAAGCGCAACAACUCACCAGAGAGUACAAUAUACAGUGUUGCUGUUUGUAUUAUCCUGUAUUAAAGCAACAUAUACAGUAUGACUUUGAGUGUUGCGACAACGAUCCAGUGGACAGGGUAACAGCUGAUCAUGCGGCUGCAGCUAACCUCGGAAAGGAAGCUCGUCGCUGGUCGUCGAGAAUAGCUCGUGAAAUGAGUACCAUCCGAGAAAACAAUAGGAAACUGCAGGUCCUUGUGCAACUGAAAGAGUCUGGACAAAAGACUGAUCCGAACGAUCCACAGGGUCCAGAUCUAGAUACGAAAAUCGAUGAACUGAAACACAUGAUACGGCGCGCAGAGACAGCAAAACAGAAAGCGGAGGCGAGAAUAGAAUGCCUUCGAAACGGCGGAGUAAACGUGGACGAAUGGCUCCAGGAGGUUGAGACAUUGAGCGUACAGGACAUGCCUCGUUCGGCCAGCUCCCUUUCUGUGAGAACCGAUGCGUCUGGAACGGCGGAACAUCCAUCCUCGGACUCGUUCUAUGACAGCGACGGAGACGGUGGAAGCGACUUGACGACUGUGGAACGGCCAGGCAGCGGCAAAAGUGCUCCUCAACAGGAAGAGGAAAUGACCGAAGAAAGACAGAGGCACGAUAGCGAGGAAGUUGAUGCUUUACUCGAGGAGGAGAAACAGCGAAUGGAGCAGCUCACCGUUGGCUGGGACGAUCCAACGGCGGUGGAUUGGGCGAACGAGGAGAAGGACGAACAAACUGAAGUUCCCGAAACAUCCGAAGUCCCACCUGCGCAACCGAUAUACAAAUGUACCGCGCUUUAUUCGUACACGGCACAAAAUCCAGAUGAAUUGUCAAUUGUCGAGAGCGAACAGCUCGAGGUCGUUGGCGAGGGCGACGGGGACGGGUGGCUCCGAGCACGAAACUACCGUGGCGAGGAAGGUUUUGUACCACAGAAUUAUCUAGACGUAGAACGCGAGCCCGAGGCCACUUCCGGUCUCAGUUCCCAGGGGCCGUCUCUCGUCCAGCAAAUAUCUUUCUCAUCAGUGGAUUAUACGAUCGACGACCAUGACGCGGUCGAUCCUGAUGCUAAUCUAGAACAACAGGCUGCUCCAGAAGCUAUUGUACAAAAUCAUAUAGGAGGUAAAUUCGGAAUUUGUCCCGUCGAUCAGCUUGAUCUUCUUUUAGACGGAGACCAAUACUGUGUCGCUCUUUAUUACUACGAUGCCACGUGCGACGAAGAACUCAGCUUCUACGAGGGUGACGUUAUCAAGGUUUUAAGGAAAGAACCGCACGACGUCGACGACGGAUGGUGGGAGGGAGAAUUACGCGGACAGCGAGGAUUAUUCCCGUCUUUAAUUGUAGAGCCGUGCGCUGCCGACGGUUCACCUUUAACCCCACAGGACAACAUAACGCCACCGAGCUCUGCGCCCCCAGUGUUUACGCCCCCCGAAGUUCCAGAGUUUCUGCUAGAAGAGGAAUUGGCACAGAGUCUGAUGAAAGAGUCGAAGGCUCAACAAGAACUUGGCGACGCGAACGCAGAACACGAAACGCAGGACGCUUUCAUAAUAAAUCUAUCCAAGGAUCAAAAAUGUCAGUACGGCACGCAAUUCGAUGCCGAUAACCCUGACGAAGGACCUGGCAUCGUAGUUGUAGAAGUAUCGGAUGAAUCUGGAGCCAAGACAGAUGACGAGACAGCGAAGCAAUCGGAGUCUGCGAACGAUGAUCAAUCGAAGGAUGAGUUCGGACUCGGUGUUGCUCAGAUCGUGAUCACCGCAGCGACGCCAAUGGAGGAGAUCGAGCAUCCAUUCCCAGGUAUGGAGGAGGCCGCUCCCGACGACACGGUGAAGUCCACCGGAAGUUCCGAAGGUGAUGUGCCGUCGAAAACAACAACCACCGAUAUAAAUGAAAGCGAUUGCAAAGAGACAACCGUGAUAAUGGACGAGAAAGAGGAGCAAGAAACCACCACCGAGGUGAUCGAAGAUAUCGAAGAGAAAUCUACGGUGGACGAUUUGCCAGCGGAUUCGGCACCAUUUCCGGUUAGUAGCAGUUCUGGUAGCGAGGCGGACUCAACGUCCGGACCGAGUACGGGUGAUAAUUCGCAAUCGAUACCGUCUCGCGGCACGGUGAUCGAGGUACCGGAAACGGAAAUAGAGGAUAUCGAGAUCGUGCCGGGGAAGAUGGUCAUGGGAGGGAGGGCAAGUAUUCCAGAUGAGUUACAACCCGAUCAGUUAGAGAAGCUCCAAAAUCUGAAAGAAUCGAAUGCCUAGGAUUGACUAGACCUCGGAGAUCCCGAUUAUCCUGCCUUAACAAAUA